ACGCACUAUAAAUCCUCCACCAUAUUGUCUCUCUUCCGUAAUUGGCAGUUUCAAAAGGCCCUUUGGCUUAACCUCUUUUCAGCCCCUUUCAGAAUCACACCCCCUCACGAAACCCAUGCACCCAAAACGCACAUUGUUAAUCUUAUCUACUCUUUCCAUAGUGCUCUCAUCUUUCAAGAAGAAAACAACCCACCCCCCACCACUCCUCUGCAUCAAACUCAAACCAAAUAAUGCCUCAAAUGGCAGCAACGACAGUACUGGACGAGAACCCACUAGAGAAAACCCUUUCUGUUCCACAAAAAUGGCCUGCAAGCUUCAUCCACGACACCCACUCGGAGCUGAAAAUCCAGCGGAGGAUCGCGGUUCCAUUGGUGGCGAUGAACUUGACGUGGUUCGCCAAGUUGGCCAUCACCACGGCUUUUCUAGGCCGCCUUGGAGAGCUUCAACUGGCCGGUGGCACUCUGGGGUUCACCUUUGCCAAUGUCACCGGAUUUUCCGUCUUGAAUGGGCUGUGUGCUGCCAUGGAGCCCAUAUGCGGUCAGGCUUAUGGAGCUAAGAAUUUUAAACUCCUCCACAAGACCCUUCUCAUGGCUACUAUCUUGUUGCUAGUGACCACGCUUCCCAUCUCUUUCCUGUGGCUCAAUGUCCACAAACUCCUUAUUCAUUUUGGCCAACGCGAGGAAAUCGCGAUCAUUGCCAAGAAAUACCUCUUCUAUCUCCUCCCUGAUUUGGUAAUCACUUCGUUUCUCUCUCCUCUGAAAUCCUACUUGAGCUCACAAAGUGAAACCGUGCCUAUUAUGUUGAGCUCGGUUGUGGCCGUAGCUCUUCAUGUGCCCGUCAACCUCCUGCUUUCCAAAGCUAAGGGCAUUGAGGGAGUUUCGAUGGCAAUCUGGAUAACUGAUCUCGUAGUUGUGAUUCUAUUAGGCCUCUAUGUGUCGAUCACAGAGAUUUGUAGCAAGGGAGGGAGGUGGAAGGAAGGAGGGUGGCUCGAGCAAGGAGCUCGAGACUGGAUCAAUUUGCUCAAACUCUCUGGCCCGUGUUGCCUGACCACCUGCCUCGAGUGGUGGUGCAUUGAGAUCCUAGUCUUGCUCACCGGGCGGCUCACGGAUGCUAGACAAGCAGUGGGAGUGUUGGCAAUAGUGCUAAACUUCGACUACUUGCUCUACUCCGUCAUGCUUUCACUAUCCACCUGCGCGUCCAUUCGUGUCUCAAAUUUGCUCGGCGAAAACCAACCUGGCAGGGCUUACAUGUCGGGAAACGUGUCUUUGGUCCUGAGUAUAGUUUCGGGCUGCAUCGGCGGGUCUGUAAUGGUGGGCGCCAAGGGCGUCUGGGGGCCUUUGUUUAGCCAUGAUAGGGGGAUUACCAGAGGUGUGAAGAAGACAAUGUUGAUCAUGGCUUUGGUAGAAGUGGUAAAUUUCCCGGUCACGGUAUGUGGAGGAAUAGUCCGCGGGACCGCCAGGCCGUGGCUGGCCAUGUAUGCCAACCUUGGAGGGUUCUAUUUGCUGGCUUUGCCUUUGGGAGUGGUUUUAGCAUUCAAGGUCCGUCUCGGACUUGGUGGACUACUAGGAGGGUUCUUGGUUGGGAUGGUUGGUUGCUUAGUUCUGUUAUUGGUGUUUGUUGCAAGGAUAAACUGGGAUGAGGAAGCCAGAAAGGCACAAAUACUUUCCUGUAAAGUUGAAGAGACUGUCGACGAAGAUGGAGACAACAAGAACUGCGCAAUCACCUGAGAAUUUUGUAAGAAGACAAAAACUGCGCAUCACCUGAGAAUUUUGUAAACUUUACCCAUGAUUAUGCACAUGAUAUAUAUCUAGUUCUAUUUGAUACGAA